AUCGCCGACUUCUGUGGUUCAAACUGUUUUUACACCGCUCCACACUCUUCAGUAAAAGGAGGUAAAAACGCUUCCGUUAGCAACAAAGCAAAUGGCGUAGGUAAACCAGCAAGUGCUUUGACAAAAUCAGUAAAGGUGUAUAGCUUGAUUACCCCCCAGUUUCAAAGAUGAAGCCCCCAGCAGCAAUUGCGAGGGGUGAAGAACCUCCCAUGUUCCUACAGCGACCCUCCACAGGAAAGUCCCAGGAUGUUAGACACAUACUGGCCAAAACGUUCCGACAGCUCUACACUAGAGACACCAUCAGCCCAGACACGGUGAAGAAUCUAAGUGUGUCCAAAGGAGGGGAUGAUGAGUAUCAUGAGAGAUACGUCGAAAUGCUUCAGAAGGUAUUUGAUGAGAGACAGAAAAGACUGAAUGAGGCUGCUCAGCUGGAGCGACACAUCAUGCAGGCCCAGGCCCGGGCCAUGUCUGCUGAUGAGAGGGAGCUCAAUCGAGUCUCAAAAAGCUGCGACAAUUACAGCGACCUCGGCCUUCCUCCUGUGAGGUCACACUUCAGCUCCUGUAUUGAUGGACAGUUACUGAAGAAGCACAAGCUACUGACGCCUGAGGAUUACUCCACAGAGGACCCUGCCAGUAUACCCCCUCCCACAGAGCCCUUGAUUCCAAGUUACGCCAGGGACACAGUUUCUUCCCAGCAGAGGAAGGACCAGGGGACGGAGGAUCGUCGCGGGGACACACCCUUGUUCCUCCCCGGACACAUCAGACAGAGCACGGACCUGGAGCUGUUUGAGGGGGAGGAGGGCAGACCUCACCCCGAGGAAACACCCUCCCCAGUCUGGGAAUCACAGGACAAGACCAUGGCUGCUUGGAAACUUCACCUGAAUGAAGAGCAGCGAGAAAUCGACCGGACAGACCUUGCCAACUUACAGGCCAAGGUCAACUUCCGUCGUAACCCUCGACAUGUCCCACCCUCUGCUCCACCUGGUGGCAGAACUCUCAUCAAGGACGGUAAAUCCAAGCCCAAAGAAAUCGGAAUUCAGAGGAAAGAGACCAUCAGUGUGUUACCAGAGCCAUCUGUUGUGUUUUUGGUGUCUCCCCCCAUUGUCCGAUUCACAGACUACAAAGUGGGUCAGGUCUAUGAGAUCACCUUGGAGUUAAAGAACGUGUCAGCGUGUCUACGUCAAUGCCGCGCCCUGCCACCUUCCUCGCCAUACUUCAAUAUAGGACUCGGACAGUUUCCAGGAGAGCAUGGCUUGGUGGCGCCAGGUAUGAGCUGUCACUACGGUAUCCGGUUCGCUCCGGACUCCCUGAUGGACUAUGACGAUGAGAUUCGGAUCCAGACUCAGUCGUCUCAACCAAUCAUCAUCCCCCUACAGGGCCGACGCCAACCACCCCUCAUCUCAUUGCCAAAGGUCCUGGAUGUGGGUCAUUGUUUGGUGGGAGGGGUUCACAUCGGCCAAUUCAUCGUAAAGAACGAGGGAGGAAGUGGGAGAUUCUGUGUCAUGCCCCGAUCUGCCUGGCCGGCCACUAACUUUAAGAGUGUAGUCACCAAUGGUAGUGUGAAGAUCGCCCCUUUUGACGUCCGUCCGUCCAUUCUGGAGCUGAUGAAGGGCGACACGGGGGUGCUGGAGGUGGUGUUCGCCCCUCAGUCGGUCCGGAGCUACACCCAGGAGAUCACCAUCGUGUGUGACAACUGUCACGUCAAGCACUUUACUCUCAAAGGUGUAGCUCAGAUGGCAGAAGUGGAGUUAUUAUCUGUGGAGCGUGGAUUAUCUGCAGCAUUGCCCGGGGAAUUAUCUGAUGUGACUGCUGAUAACCUGAUCCGUUUUGAUGAACUGAAUCCUUUCACAUACACCGACAAGAGCAUCGUUGUCAAAAACAAAACUGAUGUUGAGCUGCCAUUCCAAUGGAUGAUUUAUAAGCCAGAUAUGACGGAUGUGGAUGAGCUGGAUAAGAAGCCGGAUCGUGUUCCGGAUGUAGACUCCGUGUUCAGUGUCCAUCCACCGAGCGGCAUGCUGCCCCCAGCCAAAGAGAUGGAGUUCAAAAUUACCUUUGCUCCUCCAGUGGUGGACAUGUUCCACAGUGUGUUACAUCUUCUGUUACAACAAGUUCCACCUCACAAUGAGAACGGUUCAGCCAAGUCUGCCAAGAGCCAGAAACGAGGGGAGGAAGACAACAGCUCCAGUGGGGAGGAAACCGAAGAGGAGGAGGAAACUAUGUCGGAGAUGUUCCUGAACUCAGACAUGAAGCAGUUCAAGGACAUGACAGCGCUAGAGGUCGAGGUCAAGGGUAAGAGCGUCCCCCUCAGUGUGGUUCUUCAUCCAUACGCCGUGUAUUCCCCGGGCCAGAGUCUGGUGGGAACAACGAUCAAGAAACUGGUCACAAUGGCAAACCACAGCCGGUCCACCAUUACCUUCCAGUGGCAGCCCAUUCUGGAGAAGACUAUCAUAGAAAUGGAACCACCAUUUGGAGAACUUGAUCCGGGCAUGGCUAUGGACCUCGAGCUGAGCGUGACAGGCUCGGAACCUGGCAAAGUGAGCGAGACCAUUUACUGUUACGUCAUGAAUCUGGAUGACCCAUUACAUCUCCAUGUUGAGGCUGAGUUUAAGGGCCCAGAGAUCAAGAUCGAGGAGCCAGACGUAGACUUUGGUUUGGUCAGGCUGGGAGAAUCCGCGACAAGGGAGAUCACUCUGACCAACCUCGCUCAGGUGAUAACGACUUGGAGCAUCCAGGACGUGUCGGAGAACAACUCAGAGGACGCCAUGGCUGUAAGUGAGUUUACAUUCACGCCCCCUGGUGGUGAACUGAAGCCCCUGGAACAGAAAAAGGUCAGCAUCGAGUUCAAACCGACGUCAGUCCAGACACUGAAGUCUAUACUGGAGGUCCAAGUGGAGGAUGGAAAUAAAAUUAACGUGGCAGCCUUUGGAGAGGUCCAGACCGUGGCUGUCUGCUUUGCUUCCUGUCAGAUCGUCAUGGAGGAGGUAUACAAAGAUGUCCCCGUCCAAUACCAGGCCAUUCUGGUCAACCAAACACUGCUGUCAACAGAGUUCUCCCUCGGAAAGGUGGAGGGUAGCCACACAGAGGACUGUUGUAUAGAAUUAGACACCACCAAAGGUUUCCUGGGCCCCCGCAGGGAGAGGGUCAUCACCAUCAACUUUGUGGCCACAAGAGAGGGUGAGUUCUCGGACCUGCGGAUCCCCUGUAUGGUGGAGGGGUUAGACAAGCCCCUGUAUCUAGGACUCUUCUGUGAGGUCAAAGGUCUGGCGGCCAACUUCAGGGUCUCCAAGGAUGGAUAUGGGUCAAGUGAUUUCUCCAAUGACCUUCACCUUGAUUUCGGAGAAGUGGCCCUUGGCUCCACAGGUCAGCUGUACCUACACAUCAGAAACGAGUCGGCCAUUGCCGCCCCUUACACCAUGGGAGUGGAGCACUUCAUCGCCCGACCACCCACCCCACCCCAGGAGCCACUGGACAGGAACAUGAGUACCGGACAGAGGCGAGCUCUGCUACAGAAGACUCCAAACCUAGCCGACCCCAUGGCUAGGACCCUCAACAAGGCUGCCAAUGAAACCUACCAGAUGAUGCUGAGCCAGAACCUGGGGGCUGCCUUUGUACCCGGCCCCUCCCAGGGGACCCUGAUGCCAUUCGGAGAAGAGAUUGUUGACGUCACUGCAUUCUGUGAUAUGUGGGGCCAUUACACAGACUCCUUGACUGUCAAGGUGGGGGAUAUGUCCCCAGUGUCAGUGCCUGUCAGUAUGACUGCUGUUGGCUGUCCCCUCAAGUUCCAGCUGACUGCCUCCCAACCAGACCAGAAACCCAUCAUCAGAUUUGGAACUCAUGUGUCUGGAGUGGCCCCAACCAACAGAACAAUGAGGGUCAAUAAUACCAGUCCAUUUGAUCUACGAGUGGACUGGAGAAUAUUUAAUGUGGAGAAGGACGACAAGAAAACUCUGGACUUAAUCGUCAAUUAUGGAGAAGCUUUCCCAAAACUGGACAACUCCGGAAAAGAGAUAGUCCCUCCUUGGGAAGGUGAACCAGAAACAGCGGUUCCUGCCCCGGUCAGGAGACAGCCCACAGACUUCCUGCCCAACUCUCCGUCCACAUCUGCCGGCUCCACCCGCACACAGUUCAGUACUAAAGCCUCCCAGCCGACGUCCGUCCCAAGCGAAGCAGAGCUGAUGGCCACAAGGCACCCGAUUGUCUCCCUUUUCUACCAGGCUCAUGAAGGGGUUCCUGCUAAUGCCCCGUACAGUGUCAAAACAAAGCAGCUGGUGGUGCCAGCUCGAGGUAUGGCCAGUGUUAAUUUCUCCUUCACCCCGUUCCCGACCGAGGAAGUGGUCAAGGACAUGGACUGUGAGGGUUAUGCCCUGGGUUACAUGAGCCUGGAUAAGGGUCAGUCUGAGGAGGGGAAGGUUGAGAGAGAACAAGGGUACAGUGUGCAGCCAUUGAAAGUAGAAAUGACCGCUCACAUCAAACCUGCCUUGUUGACGAUUGAAUGUCAUGAUGAUGAAGGCAUGCGAUACAGAUCUGCCAUGAGUGACCUAUUGCAAGCAGGCGGACAGGUAUCCAACGAGAGUUUGCGGAUAGCCACUUCCAUGUUAUCCAAUAACACGGAGACUCCGCUGGUGUUUAGGAUGAUGACAAAGGCACCCUUCGUACUAGUGGAUAUGGAUCCUUCCACCAAUGUGGAGCUCUCCACCAGAACCAUAUCCACACAGAUGCAAACUCUGAGGCCAAAGCAUAAUUUAAUUGUACAAGUUGCCUUCAGGACCAGUCUCGACCUUCUUCCGCCUUAUGAAGAGACUCCAAUAUCCACAGCUGACACGACGGAGAGCUCCGAGGGACAAAAGCUGGAGUUCCAUGACGACCUAAUAAUAGAGUUCAACAACUCUACAACACAGAGGAUUCCCCUGUAUGCCACCCUGUCCCUGCCUCAGAUGGAGCUCUCCCGGGAAUCCCUGGACUUUGGUACCUGUUUGGUUGGACAGAGACGCGAGAUGCAAAUCCUCAUCUCAAACAAGACUGCAUCUCACUCCAAAUGGGUGGCUAGCAUUGAUACAUGCUCGGACACUUGUGCUGAGAAUACAUUUUGUAUCGAGCCCAAUACAGGGACCUUGGAUGCUCACAUUACUCAUGUGAGCAACAGCAAGACCCUGCUGAGAGUUUACUUCACAGCCAAACACUCCGAGAUGUACGAGGGGGUGUUCAUGUUCCGUGGAAAUCUAAGAGAGCGACCCCGACGGCUGUAUUUGUUUGGUCAAGGUUCAUACGAUGGAAAGCACCAGGCUAUACUCAAUGUGUAGAAGCGACCAUGCAAAAGCACACAGCUUAGAAAACCAGGAUAGGUCAAAGAAGAAAAGAAUGGGUUAUGAAAUUAGUGAUGUGACUUUUAAACUUGUGGACUGUGAUUUUGUUAUUCUUUAUAUAAAAUUGUUUAAUUGUAGAAUUUGUCGGCAUAUUUGAUCUACUGGGUAGAUUUCGGAUAAAAUGAGUGAAUAUGCAGUAAUUAACAGAGAGUUAUAAAUCUAUCAGUAAUAUGAAGUUUGAAGAAUAUGACUGUUUUUCCUGUAAUAGUAAAAAUAAAUACAGUAUCUGAACAUGUGAUAUCUUAUGCAAAUCCUAAUAUAUGAUUGCUUAUAAUUUAGAAAAUAUUAAUAUUUAUUUUGUUUGUUUUAUGAAUUUCCAUUAAAGGAUUUGUUAUAAUA